AUGCGAGACAUGUUUAUGGUUGGUCGAAAGUUCCCCUUCCCAACAACACCCAUUUUCUUCUCUCAAUUGCCAUGGCUGAAGCCUGAGGUGUAUCCUCUCUUUGCUACGGUUGGUGUGGCCGUUGGCAUCUGUGGUAUGCAGCUUGUUAGAAACAUAACCACCAAUCCUGAAGUCAGGGUUACCAAAGAGAGGAGAGCUGCUGGAGUGCUUGACAACUUCGAAGAAGGUGAGAAGUAUGCAGAGCAUGGGCUUAGGAAGUUCCUCAGAACAAGGCCCCCUCAGAUUAUGCCUUCCAUCAACAAAUUCUUCUCAGAUCCAAACUAAAUCCAAUUCUGAUACCAACCUUUGAAUUUAGACCCAAAUAAUGAAGUGAUAUUCAAACUGAUGGUGUAUGAUUCUUCUGUUAUUUUUAUAAGGGAAACCGAACCCGAAAAUUCCAAAUAUCUAACAUAAUGUUCUGCUGA